AUGUCCUCUGCGGAGCUCGACCUUGACCAGCUGUCUGACAGCGAGAGAACGGCGCUUGACACAUACACCACGGUGACAGGACAAGAACCUUUGGAGGCAAUCCCACUGUUGCGCCGAUCACAAUGGAAUGUUCAGAUUGCCAUCUCCAAGUUCUUCGAUGGCGAAGGACCAGAUCCGGUUGAAGAGGAUCGAUCGGAACUUCAUCAAUCACCCCCACCACGAUCUAAUCGGAGGACUCAGAACUUGAUGUCGGAUGACCUCACGGAACAGCUUUCCCCGGCCACUCGCUCCGUGGAUCUCGCCCCGCGCGUUGACACCCAGCCCGAAAACCAACCCGUCUACCGUCCACCAUUCCUCCUCGCCCUGCUUUUUACACCAUUUAAUCUGGUCUACCGACUUCUCUGUAGCUCGUUCCGUCUCUUCGGGACACUAUUUCCUUUCCUGCCGCGUUUUUUCAAUGUGACCGCAAACCCCGCCCUGCAAGGGGCCCGACGGAAUACAACAGGACGUCGGCCGUUGGGACCGAAAGACACGGCCGCCCGAUUUAUUCGCGAGUUCGAGGAGGAGUAUGGGUCGCACCCCAUCCCGUUUUUGGAAAAUGGGUACAAUAUGGCGUUGGAGAAGGCCCAUCGGGAUUUGAAGUUUUUGCUGGUUGUUCUCUUGUCGCCGGAACAUGAUGACACGAGUAGCUGGGUUCGUAAUACUCUGCUGGCGCCGGAAGUGGUGGAGUUCCUCAGCGACCCGCAAAACAACGUCCUAGUGUGGGGAGGGAAUGUGCAGGAUUCCGAGGCCUAUCAGGUGGCCAACUCAUUACGCUGCACCAAGUUCCCCUUUGCCGCGGUCGUUGUUCACACCCCCAAUGUGUCCUCGACAGCCAUGUCAGUGGUUGGCCGCAUCGCGGGAACUACUACGCCGUCUGAGGCGGUGAAUCGAUUGCGGACGGUCAUCACGCCGAACCAGGAACCGCUGGAGCGGAUUCGGUCUACCCGCGCCGAGCAGCAGGCCUCGCGUAGUUUGCGCGAGGAGCAGGACUCAGCCUACGAGCGGUCGCUGGCGAUCGACCGAGAACGUGCACGUCAACGCCGGGAAGCGGAGGCAGCGCGAAAACGCGAAGAGCAGGAAGCGGCGGACCGCCAGGCGGCAGAGGAGCAGCGGCAGCGCGAUGUGACACAGUGGAAACUUUGGCGCGUGCAGUCCCUUGACGCCGAGCCCGGGCCCGACGUUAAAGAUGCCGUGCGGGUUAGCGUCCGGCUGCCGUCUGGGGAUCGCAUUAUGCGCAAAUUUGCUCCAGAUGCUGAUAUCGAGGAGCUCUACGCAGUGGUGGAGUGCUACGAGGUCUUACAACAAACAUCCCAGACGUAUGUUUCUGCACCACCAGGAUACAACCACCAGUACGGGUUCCGUCUCGUCUCGCCGAUGCCCCGGGCGGUGUAUGCGGUGGAGGACGGAGGGACGAUCCGAGAGAAGAUCGGCCGAGGAGGCAAUCUGUUGGUGGAACCGAUCGAGGCUGACGAGGACGCGGAUGAAGAAGCGGACGAAGAAGAAGCGGUCGAAACCUCGCAGUAA